AUGGCACAAACACCUGCAGCCACAGCCUCGUCCUCCCCGCGCCAAAAUUCCAGCCUUUCUCAAUUCCCUCCAACUUCUCUCGAUGCGAGUACUUUUGGCGGUCUCAGCGCCCAUUGGGCUUCCGGGGGUAUGGGUGUGGACGAGACUGACUCCUCCUCCACCUCCACCCUUCAUCCUACCUACGCCCUCCUCAGUGCUCCCGCCACUAUUCCUAACCAGAGCCCGCAAUUCUUUCCCAAACUGGCCGACCAUCAACUGGCUACCUCCACGCCCGCUAACGGCAAUAAUUAUUUUACUGCCAUGGACGUCGGAGGCGAAUACUACUCACCACAGCCACCGUCAUCGUCCACAGCCUUCAACCAGUUGCCUCCUCAAACAGAACAGAGCAGACAGUUGACUGAUCUCGAUAGCGCCAAUAAGGGAUCUUCCCGCUCUACUGGGGGUGUCAGUUUGCCCGGCUUCACUAGUCCUGAGUCGGCCUUCUAUCAAUAUCAGAAUCGUAUGGAGGGACAGCUAUGUCAAAUAUGCGGUGAACUUGCUGCUGGCUUUCAUCACGGUGCCUAUGUCUGCGAGGCCUGCAAGUCCACCACCACCGGCUGUCACGCUGCCAAAAAGCGUCUAGACAGACGUCUGGACCUCGUAUUCAGUGUUUAUUUGUAUGCUUGUAAGUUCUUCAUGCGUCACUCGCUUGCCAAUGGACGGUCUACGACCACUUGUCCCUCGGGUGGCAAUUGUGUCAUCGCCAAGAGCAGUCGUGGACGGUGUCAACAAUGUCGCUACAAAAAGUGCCUCGAGGUCGGCAUGAGUCUUAAAGAUAUGGAUGCUCAAGGCGAGUUGGACAUCUCCAAUAUUCCAUGUCGGGUCUGCGGUGGACGCUCCUCCGGCUUCCACUUUGGUGCUCUCACCUGUGAAGGCUGCAAGGGCUUUUUUCGACGAACAGAGGAGUCAGCGUCGAGAUUGGUAUGCGUCGGUGGGAAGGACAACUGCACAAUCACCCCACGUAGCCGCAAUGUCUGCAAGGCCUGCAGAUUCCGUCGGUGCCUUCGUGCCGGCAUGUCCAAACGCGGAAGUCGGAUAGGACGUCAACCGAACGCCGUCAAAUUCCAUUGUGCCAUUGAGAUUCGCCAGCUAAAGGACAGUGGACAACCGCUGGCAAGUGAUUUCACACCUCUACCACGCAAACACAGCUCCGUUCCAACACUGGCCUCCUCCUCCGCUUCGCCCUCGUCCUCUUCGCAAACGACCGUGCCUGUCGGAGGUGGUGUGGUGGAGCUUCCACAGCGCAGGGCUUCAGCAGGAGCUUGCGACAUGGCCGCCUAUACUGGGUCAAUGCUUCCACGGCGCAAAGCCUCAGCUCCUGUGAAAAUGGAGACUACGUCUGUACCACAGAUGCCUAUCACACCAGUCACUGUCUCCGCCCCCUCCUCAUCAUCAUCGUCAGCGGCGGCAGCUGCUGCGGCAGCAGCAGCAGCGGCGGCGGCAGCAGUGGCUGGAGUGGUGGGGACGGAUGAGGAGAUUCUGGUGGAUGGACUAAAUUGGUUCAAUUACGGAAUGCGCAUGGCCAUGGAGUUCAUGCGACUUCCAGCCACGGUAUCUUCGUCCUCAUCUUCCACCUCAGCCUCCUCAACCAUUUCUGCAUGCCUCUUUUAUCAACAGUACUUCAAAUCUCGCUUCGACAUGAGCACCAUCGAGCCGUCACAGGCUGACGAUGAACACCAGGUAUGGGAUCACGUGAUGAACCACUUCCAUCUUCACUCUCAACAAGUCGUCCAAUUCGCUAAGCUGAUUCCAGCAAAUGGCCACGAAGGGAUUAGCAUGUAUUACCUCCAAAAAGUGCAAAAGCUCAUCCCCUACUUGAACACAAAACAAUUUCUUGACUUCAAAGGUUUCAAUCAGAUGAGUUUGUCCGCCAGAGGUCAUUUGGUGCGAGCAAGCCUUUACUCCGAGGUUUUGCUAAUGCUGUCGCGUGAUUACGACGCUGCUGAGGAUCGUUACAACUUCUUGGACUUCUCUCCCACCGAACGUGAUAUCGUUCUGCGCCACUUCCCCAUCUACAACAGGGUCGUUGAACAUCUCAAAAUCUCAGGUCGAUUUUUCCAACAGCUCAAUCUAACUCACACAGAAUUCGUCUACGUCUGCGCCAUCGGGAUUCUUAGAUACUACUAUAUUCUCGCUAAUCCAGCUUACACGGACGCGAGGAAGUUAUUGCUCCUGGCCAGGCACUCCCUUCUCGCAACUAUGCGCUCACAAAACGAGUCUCAGGAACUGGUUGACCAUAAGUGGAGCCGUCUAGAAGCCAUGAGUGAGAUGCUUUCAUCGAUGAGUAGGGAGUAUCGAGAAAUCGCACAACAAUUGCAAAGAUCUCGACCAGAUUUGCGCUAUCCAGACCUCUACGUGGAGAUGUAUGAAAUCGGGGAAAGUGCUUUCGCGCCACACUCUCUUAUGACUGUUUCCGCACUGACGGCUCAGUCCACGACCGAUGCCACAAACUUGACACAUUUUCCAUCGGCUUCCACGUUGAUUCAGCAGCCAGCUGCUAUGCGUCCGUCAGUUCCACAUGGUGUCUCCCCCCCUUCUACAGCACACUGGCCAAUCGCGUCGGGUAGCAUUAAACCAGAGGAUCCCGUGUGGUCCAUUCAAGAUCGCUGGAAUGACACCGCCCCCGCUAUCUCGUCAGCCAAUCCCUACCAAAUCUCCAACUUUCUAGACUCCACCCACCCGCCCACGCAACCAUCCGGCACCUUUCCCGUUGCUGUGACCGCUGUUGGACGAUUCAAACCCAUUGCAUUGUGGGACCGAGGAAAAGCAUUGAAGGCCAUGCGGAACCUCAUGGUGAGAGAGGCCAGCCUAGUCUUGACCGGAUGGUCUUCGUUGUACGCGACUUUUGCGUGA